GAGUGAGUGAGUGAGUGAGUGAGUGAGUGAGUGGAAGCCAUAUGGUUACAGAUCACAGAAAUCUCUCCCAGACGCAGGACAUAUGUCCGAGAAAAGCGAGCCGGGGACGAAGAAAUGGUCAUUUGUCGGGCUGAAGCGGCGAGUCUGGCUGGGCGGGCGGCGCAGAGUUUGAGAGAGUGACUCUGAAAAGUGGGAAACCGGAUUAGCGCUGGAGAGAAAGGGCAGCGCGGCGGAGCCUAAUCAUCUUUUUUGCCCCGCAUUUACUGCCCAGAGAAAGCUGAGGGGGGGCGAAAACGCAGCUUUCUGGCGAACUGCAAGCCCGUGGCAGCCUGGAGAGCGCGGGACCCCCUCGGUCUCCUAGUAACGCCGCAAUUUUACCACGUUUUCUCGUGUUUUUACCUCACGUUCAGUGUCGACGAGCUAACGUUACUUCAGCAAGCAGGCGAGCUAGUCGGUGUUUGCUAGCUAAUUAGAUUUAGCGGUUAUUAAGAUGCUCCGGCUCCUGAAUUCGGGACUUUGCCGCUUUGUUGACUGAAUUAGCCGUUUUUAUCUUCUAGUUUCGGACAGAAAUCAGGACCGACGCUCUGAAUUUGGGCGGUUUCGUCCAGACACGGCGGAGGAGCUGCGGCUACUCUCUGAAGACCAACGGCCAACGGUCACUUCGGACUUGGUGUUCUCAGCGGCGCGGAGAAUAAUUAGCCUCGUUUUGCUAAAUCCUCCUCAAGCUGACACAAUUUCGCGAAGAUGUCGGCCAAAGAAUCGAAAGAAAAGCAGUCGACCACUGAACGUAUCGUUAAAUCGGUGCCCCUGCCCCCUCACCAGCGGCUGACCAUAAAGGACCUGUUCGUGGACGGCAAGCCCAACACAGAGCUGCUCAAGAGCCACCUGGUGAAAGAGGGCCGUGUGGAGGAGGACGUCGCUCUUCGUAUCAUCAACGAGGGUGCCAACAUCCUGCGGCAGGAGAAAUGCAUGUUGGAAGUGGAGGCACCCAUCACAGUGUGUGGUGAUGUCCACGGGCAGUUCUUUGACCUCAUGAAGCUUUUCGAGGUGGGAGGGUCACCUGAUAAUACGCGUUACCUGUUCCUGGGAGACUACGUAGACAGAGGUUACUUCAGUAUUGAGUGUGUGUUGUUCCUAUGGUCCCUGAAGAUCAACCAUCCCACCACCCUCUUCCUCCUCAGAGGCAACCACGAGUGCCGGCACCUCACAGAGUACUUCACCUUCAAGCAGGAAUGUAAAAUAAAGUACUCGGAGCGGGUGUAUGACGCGUGUAUGGAGGCGUUUGACUGUUUGCCUCUUGCUGCUCUCCUCAACCAACAGUUCCUCUGCGUCCACGGAGGCCUCUCGCCUGAAAUCAAUUGCUUAGAUGACAUUAGGAAAUUAGACAGAUUUAAAGAGCCUCCAGCUUUCGGCCCGAUGUGCGACCUGAUCUGGGCAGACCCGGGCGAGGACUAUGGCAGCGAGAAGACGUCAGAGUUCUUUAACCACAACUCUGUCCGAGGCUGCUCCUACUUCUUCAGUUAUCCUGCUGUCUGCGACUUUUUGACAAAUAAUAACCUACUGUCUGUAAUAAGAGCUCACGAAGCCCAGGAUGCUGGGUACAGGAUGUACAGGAAAAGCCAGACGACGGGCUUCCCCUCGUUAAUCACCAUUUUCUCAGCCCCCAAUUACCUAGACGUGUACAACAACAAAGCCGCCGUGUUGAAGUAUGAAAACAACGUCAUGAACAUCAGACAGUUCAACUGCUCUCCCCAUCCGUACUGGCUACCCAACUUCAUGGACGUGUUUACGUGGUCCUUGCCUUUUGUCGGAGAGAAAGUGACGGAGAUGCUGGUAAACGUGCUCAACAUCUGCUCUGAUGACGAACUCAUGUCCGAGGGAGAUGACCUGUGUGAAGGUGGAGCACCAGCAGCACGCAAAGAGGUGAUCAGGAAUAAGAUUCGUGCCAUUGGGAAGAUGGCCAGAGUGUUCUCUGUGCUCAGGGAGGAAAGCGAGAGCGUUCUGACCCUUAAAGGAUUGACCCCGACUGGGACGCUACCUCUGGGAGUGUUGUCUGGCGGCAAGCAGACCUUACAGAACGGAGGAUUCUGCGAGUCUUCCCUCUCAUCCUUCUGAAAUGUUUGCUGUAAAGAUUUCUGUUUGGUUGUGAUGCAAACACUGUGAGCAAUGUUUUUAUUUUUUUUUUUUCGCCCCAUGCAACAAAAGAAAAGAGGAGAGUAUUUAUAGGCCUGCCUGUCUUCCUCUUGGCAUCCAAAAUGGCAGCUUGCUGCCUGCCCACUGACUCUCUGGCUAUGCAGUACCUGUCAAAAGUUUGAACGCACCUACUCAUAAAAGUGUUUUCCUCGUUUUUACUGUUUUCCACAUUUUCCACAGUUGGAAGACAUAAAGUCAUAGGCCAAAGUUUGAACACCCGAUUAUUGAUGUUAUCAUCUGUUUUUGCCAUUUUAGUAAACAACUUCUGUUUUUUUUGCUUGGGAAAAACUUUUGCUUGGGGAAAAAUUAGCUGUGUGUUGAAACCUGUGCAGAGGCCGCAUCUUAUGUUAUUCCCCCCCGCCCCCGGAUAUGUUAAAUUCAGUAAAUAAACAAUAAUUGUGUACUGAAAUGUGCGGAAGUGUGUUCUCUGUAGAGGAUGUGCCCAAACCGUCGUGUGUGACUAUAAAAUGACGUGUGUUAUUCGCUUAAAAAAAACUUGAGCAGUGACCAAAAUACAUAUUGAACAAAUUCAAAAUGUCCAGACUCUUGGUAAUCUCUCACGUGCCUUUAUGAGAUACCAUCUGGGAGUAGAGCUUGAAACUAUGGUCCGUACCCAAAUACAGCCCGAGAACUUUCGUCUGACCUGUUCCAAACAACAGCACUAAGUUUUGAGUCCAAACCCGACCCAAGUCUUGGAGAAUUGUGUCUGAAAAUGAACCGAAUUUAGGUCCAAAUGUUUGACUGGUGCUAUAGCAGUUAAAGCAGUUCAUUUGUGCACAUGUAAUGCUGAGGCUUAUGAAUUACCCUACCAAACGAGCUGGCUGGUCGCAUGGUCCUCUCUACCCGAAGAGCCAAUCAAUGGAUGCCUGGCGUGAGAGGUGCAUUAUGGGACUCAUUGAUCCAUGCACUCUGAGUGGGCAGAGCGGUCACUGAGGUGUCAGGGACCAAAAGAAAGGUCACUGAAGGUCAGAAACAGGAAGAGAGUGAGUGAGAGUCCAAAAAAGAUGGUUGCGGUUGAAGAGACAUAAGAGCAAAACUGACCAAACUGCAUAGGGGAGGAAGAGAUGCCGUCGGGUCAUCAAAUAGAUUUGACCUGUGGCCAAUUUCUUGCAAAAAGGGCAUAGCCAAGUCACCCCUGCAUAGCUACUCACGGAGCUGAUUAACCAUGAAGUACUUUCAAAAUUCAUGUUACACAUAAGCUGGUAAAAAAGAGCUAGCUAGAAAAAAUUUCUUUCAAAAUGUCUUAAAAGGAAAACCGAUGACGAUACCACCAGCAGCAGUGUUGUUCUGCUAAUUUCUUUGAAAAUGGUCAAUGUACCUAUUUAUUUAAUAUACCCUUAGACGCGGCAUGCGAUAGUAGCUGAACAAUCUUUAGGCUAGAAAAAUCUUUAGGCCACUAAUUUUGUUGCUUAAAAAAGAUGCUGAAACCUUGUUUUCAUGAGAAGAACAACUUUAAGUGAAUGUCAUUAUAGUACCAUUUUUUAAAGGAAUGUGAGAGUAAAGAAGUUCUUUUGAAGUUAAAAGCACUUUCAGGUAAUAUAAAGAUUUUGUACCAAUCAAGAGAUUGUCCUAGAACCAUAUAUCCAAGCAAAGAGCCCUUUAGGACCAAUAUAUCAGUUGGCUGAUCAUUUCAAUUUGCAGUUUUAUCAGUUCAGAAAAAAAACACCAGUAACACGCUGAUAGGGACAAUUUUGGGUUGCGCGAUCACUGGGAUUUGAACAUGCAACCUCCCGACCUGUUUGUGCCACUGGGGUACCCAAUAUGAGUUAUUCCCUGUUUAACUAUAUAACAGCAAUUCAGACUAAACUUGUCAUUUUGAAAGUCUAAAAUGUCUAUAUAUAUAUAUAUAUAUAUAUAGGUAUUGGUAUUGGCUGUUUUAAUAUUGUUUGGGCCCUAUUUAGAAACCUUUACUUUUAGUAGCGUACUGAUGCAACUUGAGACAGAAUAAGAUUAGAGGUGGAGGUCUUGUCUGGUAGAAGGAGGCGCAGGGUUGGCAGUAGUGAUUCUCUGAAGAAACAGCAGUAGACGGCAGUCCCUCACUGUGAUCUUUUUAUGUUUCUUCCCUGCGUGGAGGCUGUUGGGCUUCACAGACCCCGCUGAUGUGGUAUUUAAAAGUGCUGCAUGCAAGAAUAAACCAGUAAUUGGGUCCUGAUUCUUGCCUGCUUCUCUGCUCUCUAGCAGAAAAAUGUGCAAAUGCACACGUUGGCUGUUUGGAAAGAGCUGUCCAUUUUCUGACAGGCUAUUCAGGAUGCCAGACGUUGAAUGUUUGCAGGGAUCAUCUUUAACAAACUGUAGCCCUUUGCUAACAGCUUUAGUCUGUUAAAUAUAGGUGUACCCCCUUUAAAUUGAUUGUUACUAUUAGAAUACCCUUAUUUUAAUGUCUGUGAAGAGUAUUAUCUUGAUUAGCCAGUCUUUGGCCAAAUCUUUUAUAUAAGGAAUGAAGUAAGAACCUAAACUGAUAACUAGCGCUAAUCACUUACGCCUCUGCCUCAUCUGUGUACUUGCUCCAGAUUUGACUAAUUCCUUUUCCUUUUUUCUGCCAGUUUUGUGCUAUGCAUAUUUGCUGAAAUGAAUUUCUACUAUUUGAUCUGUCAUGCUGUGGUUUGCUUGUGGCAGUUGCCGGUAAAUGCUGAAUUAAUAUCAUUGACCACUUGCUUUUUUCCCCUCUUCAUUUUGGGCUUCUCGUUA